UUGAUAGCAACUCACAUCAUGGUCACUUAAUAUGGUUGAAAAAGACUGACCUUCAUUAAGUAAAUGAUUUAGUUUGCAUAUACCCGCAUAUCAACCAUGUCCAUGCCUCUGCAUCCAGGUGUUCGUUUCAAAAAAUUACCUUAUUAUGAUGUAUUAACAGUGCUGAUGAAACCCACUAGUCUUGUGCCUAAAGGUAAAAAUCGUUUCCAAAAAUCCCUUUUCGCUUUUUAUCUGACCCCUCAACAAGCCGAAGAUAUUGCAAUGACAAUGUCAACAAGAGAUAUUCGUAAAGGAACUAAAUGUGAAUAUACAGUACAACUACAAGUUCAAUUACGGUUAUGUUUGGUGGAAACGAGUUGUGAACAAGCAGACAAUUUUCCUCCCAAUAUUUGUGUCAUAGUAAAUAGGAAAAGGGUUCCUUUAGUGACAUCAAAAUCGAAAAAGAAGGUCUAUGAUGGUCCUAUCACAAUUACUUCUUUGUUAGAGUUUCACCCAUCACAGCUAAACAGCAUACUGGUAACAUGGUCUUCCGAAGACACGGUGAGAUAUUGUUUAGCAGUAUUUCUUGUAUGUCCAUUGACGUCUGAUACUUUAUUAAAACGAUUAAAAGUGUAUGGUACAAGACAUCCAGAUCAUACACGAGCAUUAAUCAAGGGAAAGUUAGGUAAUGCUCCAGGCAGUGAAAUUGCUGCAACUGGUCUCAGGGUAUCACUCAUGUGUCCGCUUGGUAAAAUGAGAUUACAGAUUCCAUGUAGAGCUAGUACGUGUACACAUCUACAAUGUUAUGAUGCUAAAACGUUUUUAAUGAUGAAUGAGCAGAAGUCAACAUGGAUUUGUCCAGUUUGUGAUAAAACAGCCUUUUUUGAUCAGCUAAUCAUUGAUGGUUACUUCUUGGAGAUUAUUUGUGCAUCUCCUGAAUGUUCUGAAAUCGAAUUUCAUCCUGACGGCAAUUGGAGUCCAUUAGAGCAACCAAUAGAAACACAUGUUAUAUCUAGUCCUGUUGUUAAGGUAACAACUAAACCCAAACCAUCAUCUACUUCAACUAUAGAAGUUACAGAUGGGCCUGAUAUAAUAGAUCUGACGUUAGAUAGUUCAGAUGAAGAAGGAGAAGCACGUAGCUCAUAAAUCAGUUUCGUAUAAAGGACGAUCCGGAGUUCUUCUCGAUUAUGAAAGCGGAAAGAAGAUUGUUAAAUUAAAUAAUAAAAAAAUAGAUUAUGUUAAAUUAAAAAAAAGAAGAUUAUGUUAAAUUAAAACAAAAAAAUGGGAUUAUGUUAAAUUAAGUAAAAAAAAAAAUAUCUAACAUAGCUCUAAGGUUAAAGUUAUUUGUCUACUAUAAUAUAUGUAUAUAAUGGAAAUAGGAAAGAAGGCUGUUGUGAUAGUUAGAUGGCUGUUUCCAGUGCUGUUACAUAACCCGUAGUCAAAGAUCAUACAUAGUGUGGAUGCUAUUUAGUUUAGUCUUUAAUUUUUGACAGAAUUUAUUUAUAUAUAUGCCCAUGUUAAGUCUUUCAUUUGGUGGAUUAGCCAUUAUUUGGCCAUUGACACAGCUUGAGUGGCAGCUACGAUUCCAGAUGUCCCCCCCCCCUCCAAAAAAAAAUUAAACAUACCAAAACAGAAUCUGAAAGUGGUGGAACACCUAGAAACUAAGUUGCAGGUCUGGGCCAAUUCUCAAUCAAAACGUUUUCUUUGAAACAAUCGUAUGAUUAAAAUGUAUUUAUUUUAUAUUACAUGUAUAUGUGUAAACUUUUGUCAAUAUGUAAUUAUAUGUUGCCAUGUUAAUUAAGAUAAUACCGUUGUCAAGCAAAAUACAAACGAAUACUGUCAUAAAAAACAGAAACUGGAAAUAAUUGUAAGUAGCCUAGAGGAUUUAGGCAAAUGAUUUGAGUCAAUAACUAUAGACCUGAAUGAAUAAUAUUAUCAUGCCAUUUUCGUUGGUAUUUUGUUUGUUUUUUUUUAAUUAAAAAGCAAUUCCAUAUUUAAAACAACAUGAAUGUAAGAAAAAGGAGAUUUGAAAAUGAUUGAAAUUUGAUGUUAUGUUUAGUCUUACACUAAUCAAUGUAAAUUUAUAUUUAUUAUAGUGCUAUUUCCCCUUGUCAGUGGUGCAGGACGGAGGGCCUGACAAGGACAGCUGUCUAGUCGUUCGGAGGGGACGAAAAACCGAGGUCCCGUGUAUACAUUAGUAUGCACGUAAAAGAUCCCUUGACUGAUGGAAUUCGAUAUAAGAGUAGGCCAUAGUGCCACAGCCCGAUAAAAAUUUCCCUCAUAGCACACUGCAUGGCGUAUACCCGUCUUCAUUAGCCCAGUCGGAGCAGAACAGUAGGACGUUAAACUCCAUUUCAUUUCGUAUAGUGCUAACUUGUUUCUGUCAGAAUUCCUUUUUAUAUAUAUAAGAACAAUUAAUUAAAUGCAUAGAAAGGCUAAUCCAUGUACACAUGUUUAGUUGUAGGUAGACAGUAACUAAGAAAACAAUUUAUUUUCAAUGAAAAUAGAAACCACAUGCUUACCAAUACAGGUGAAAAUACACCCACAUUGACAUGUGGUCGUAUAUUGUCGUCGCCCCCGUCCGUCCGUCCGGCGUCCACAAUUGCGUGUGGACGCUCGUGAUCUAGAGGCUCAAGUUAAUAUCCGAUUGACUUUGAAUUUAUACAUAGUGUUAAAGGUCAAGAGACCCAGGCGCCUAUUUACUUUGAACGAUUUCCAAUAAUUACUGCCAGAGUUAUGGCCCUUGAUCGGUUUGAAAAAUCUUGAUUUUCAACUAUUUCUGAUUAUUACUGUCCGAGUUUUGCCCUUAACUUCUUUGAAAAAUCUUGUAGAAGCUCUAAAGGUCACAGUUAAUAUCCGAUUAACUUUAAAAUGUAUACACAUACAGUGUUUAAGGUCAUGAGACAAAGAAUCCGAUUCAUUUUCAAUGAUUUCUGAUAAUUACAGCCAGAGCUAUGUCCUUUGAUCACUUUGAAAAAUCUUGUGGACAGUCUAGAGGCUAAAGUUAAUAUAAAUUAUAUAAGGUCUUGAAACAAACAAACAAUCGAAACAAAUUCUAGGGAUUUCUGAUAAUUACUUAAAAGGUUAUUAUUCGUAAUCAGAUUUUCAUGUUUGUAAAUGUUGUCAUUAAUGGCAAAAGAAAAAAAUAUGCGACAACCCUUAUUGACCGUCCGGACGAUUUUGGUGUGGGCGUAUGUUUCGUUGCCUGGCAACCUAUCUUCUUCUCAACCUAUCAUACAACACACCAGAAACUCCAUUGAUCCUGGACAGAUAUUUGGCGCCAUUUUGUCCUGACUGAUAUUGGUUGUAAUUGAAGACAAUUUCGACUGAAGCAAUCAAGACUGUGGUAUAUAGCAGGCAGACAUUGAGGAGGUUUUGUAAAAUACCUGGAACUCAGUCAAUAAAACUGUCAAUAAGCCUGUCAGCAAUAAAUGUAUUGGGGAAUAUUUGGAAAUAAUAAAUGUAUAUUUACCAACGCCAACAUGUUAUAUUGUUGUAUAAACUUCAAUCUGA